AUGAACAACAAGACAUUCGUAUUCAAUGAAUACAAAAAAGAAGGCAAAACAGUAUUGGGACUCUUGGAGUUCUUUGGGAUCAACCGAUCCGUUGAUGUCACGUUAAAUUAUUUCGAUGACAUUGAUACCAUUUCUCAACGUGUUAUUGAUGAAUACAAUCUCGAUAUUAAACUUAGUGAUCUAAGACUUAAUGCGUCUCUUAUGCCUGACUGUCACAAUUCUUCUGGAAUUCAAGCGUACUAUUAUUUCGCAUUUAUUUUCGAUGACUUGAUGAUUUUUAAGGGGAUAGACUAUAUUGAUCUUAUAAAUGGUCUGGAAAAUAGAAAGAAUAAUUUACCACCACUAGUAUCUGAGAUGCUUUCGACUUUUAUGAAUCAUUGGAAGAAAGAUUUUAAAGACAAAUAUACUUUAUUACGAACUGAAGCAAUUACAUGGGCGACCUCU